AUGCGUCUCUUGCCUAGGGACAGCAAUUUUGGCACCCUGGCCAGCGCACUAUCGCUGGCCGCCGCCAACUACAAGCCAAUCCCGCAGCUACCCACGUCCAACUCGUCGCAACCCCUCUCGGCCAUCUCGGCCGGAGGAGACGCGCGACAGGAGCUCGGCCUCGGCCGCGGCUACAGCUUCAAGGUUCAGCCCGCCGACGCCGCCAGCUCGUACGCUGCCACCCACUCGCUCGCAGACUGGGGCGAGCCGUCCACCCUCUACGUGCCCGUCGACGCCAACGGCACCGUCCAGGGCCACGAGUUCAAGGCCGGCAGAAAGGUCGGGCCGGGCAGCUGCCCCUACUCGGAGGAAUACACGCCCAAGGGUGGAUGGCAGAACCUCCCGCCGCCCGUCUUCCCGCCCUUUGACCCCGUCAAGGCCACCGUGAUGCGCUACCGCCAGCAGCAGGGCGUCAACCUCGGCACCUGGUUCGUCCAGGAGGGCUGGAUGGAGGCCGACUUUAUGUCGUGCGCCACCGGCUCCAAGCAGGCCGAGUACGACAUCCUCGACGGAUUCGGCAGCUCGCCCGACGGUCUCAAGAGCGCCCGCGCCUACAUGGAGGAGCACUGGGAUACGUUUUUCACCGAGGACGACUUCCGCAAGAUGGCGGCCAUGGGCAUCAACACCGUGCGCCUGCCCAUCGGCUACUGGUCCGUCGGUCCCACGUUCUGCCACUCGAGCCCCUUUGACGCCUACAAGAGCGUCUACCAGUUCAGCUGGCGCUACAUUGCGCGCGCCAUCAACUGGGCGGCAAAGUACGACAUCGGCGUCAUCGUCGACCUCCACGGCGCCUACGGCUCGCAGAACGGGCAGGCCCACUCCGGCCUCAACGACGGCAACAUCCAGUGGUACAACAGCUACAAUCAGGGCCUCACGACUGAGCUCCUCGUCUGGCUGGCCAAGGAGAUCUCGGACGUGACCAACGUCAUCGGCAUCCAGCUUCUCAACGAGCCGCAGAACCGCGACCAGUACUGGAGCUGGCUGCCGGGCGCCAUGGACGCGAUGCGCAAGUCGUCGCCCUACGCGGCCACGGUGCCCCUCUACUUCCACGACGCCUUUGUGCUCAACAAGGGCGCCAACUUUGUCUCCAAGCGUCCCGACUUUGUCGUCUCGGACCACCACUCGUACUACGUCUACACCGACUCGGACCAGGGCACCAGCGCCCAGGGCCACAUCUCGCAGCUCGACGGAGAGAUUACGGGCGAGUUUGAGGCCGCCUCGGCAAAGGCGCGGCGCAACCUGAUCGUCGGCGAGUGGUCGUGCGCGCUGGCCGACAGCUCGCUCAAGGGCAUCAAGGGCGCCGACCGCGAUGCGGCGCAGCGCGACUUUUGCGAGGCGCAGCGCAACGUCUGGGAGACGACGACGGCGGGCUGGACAUUCUGGAGCAAGCGUCUGCAGAACUGCCAGCAGAACCCGGGCUGGUGCUUUGAGGCCUCGACCAACAGGUACCUCCCCGCGGCGUUCAACGUGUGGGACCUGCCCAUCACCCCGUUCUCGCUCGACACCGACGACGCCAGGGCCGCCAUGCAGGCCGGACCGCUGAUGCAGGGUAUCAACGCGGUCCGCCUUCCGCCUGCGGCCAACUCGACCGGCUCGGCUGCGGCCAAGAAGCUCAAGGUCGACCCGCGCAUCGGCAAGGUCAUGAUGGCCGAGCCGGACCUCGGCGCCGAGGAGGCACAAGAUGACGGGGACGAGGACGAGGACCAGGCUGCCGCGCUGCUGGUCAUGUCGCGGGUCAACCCGGUCCACGCCAACGCUCCCCAGAACACCAUCUCGCCCGAGGCGCUGACUCGCCGCGGCGGCGUCACGACGCAGGCGAGGCUGUGGGCGCGCAACCGACGCCUGUUUGCGCGCGCCGCCACCCAGUCGGCAGCGGUGCGCGGCUACCGCGACGGCUUCUACACGACCAAGAUCUUUGCGUCGCAGGGGUACCUCUCCCGUCUCGGAUUCGCCCAGCAGUACCGCCAGGACACGUGGAAGACGUACGUCGAUGCCGGCGUGUAUGGUGCCGGGGAUGAGGAGGUCUACAAGCAGCAGUUCCUCACGGGCGCGCAGGCCGGAGAGCAGGCCAUCAGCUACGUGAUUUCGCAGAAGGGCAAGACGGCGCUCAAGGCUCCCGGUGCUGCCGCCUCGACUGCCUCGACAGGUCGGGCGGCGUCGGCCAGUGCGGCCGUAGCUGCAGCCGCGACCACGAGCGCCAAUGUGACGGCUGCUGCUGCGAUGCCGACGACUACUUCGACCGCUUCGACGUCGGCCGGUACGACGUCGAGCCCGGUUCCGUCGAGCAGCAACAGCAGCAGCAGCAGCAGCAGCAGCUCGAUGACGCCUAGCGCGACAUCGAGCUCAACCUCGUCUUCGUCAUCGUCCUCGUCCGCAGCCUCGACGUCUGCAUCUGCACAGGCUCCAGCAUCGGCUACGCCGAGCACGAGCUCCAGCUCCAGCUCGACGAGCACAAAGCAAGCCGCCGCAGCCGUAUCGACGUCGAGCACGUCGAGCAAGCCAGCCGCAGCCGCUGCUUCCCCGACGUCGUCUUCGAGCUCUACGCCUGCCGCCACUCCUGCUUCUGCUUCUGCCACGGCCUCGUCGGCGUCAUCUGCUAGCUCGUCGACGACGAAGCCAGCCGUCGCAGCCGUCUCGCCGACUUCUUCGUCGUCGUCGUCAUCGAUGCCGGUGUCCGCCACGCCAGCCGCAGCCGCGACGCCGUCUUCGUCCUCUUCGUCGGCGGCGGGAACGACGAUCGCGUCGACAAAGCCACCCGUCCCUUCGGUCGCCUCGACGAGCGCCCCUGCAUCAUCGUCGCCUUCCUCGACGUCCGCACCGGCAGCCGCCCCGACGACGGCAGGAGCGACCACGGCGAGCAGCAGCAGCAGCGUCUCGGCUGAAACGCCCGCUGCAGUUGUUGCAUCGCCGUCUGCGUCGUCGUCCAGCAGUCCUAGCCCGUCUGUAUCGAGCUCGACGCCGUCAUCGUCGUCGUCUUCGGCAUCGUCUUCUGCUCCAGCGGCGGUAGCUACACCGGCCUCCAGCAGCAGUGGUGGAAGCGCAUCGAGCACGGCAUCGACUGCAUCUGCCUCGACACCAACACCUACGGUCUCGUCCUCGUCCGCGGCUGUUUCAACGGCUGCUGCAGCCCCUGCCGAGGUUGCCGGAGCGGGUACCAAGAGCGACGCGUAG